GAGUGAUUGACAGGAGAUGACGCGCGGAGCUCUGAGCGCAGCGGCGCCCGCGGGCAAAGCCAAACUCACCCAUCCUGGAAAAGCCAUCCUGGCAGGUGGCAUUGCGGGCGGCAUUGAAAUCUGCAUCACUUUUCCUACAGAGUAUGUUAAGACACAACUUCAGUUAGAUGAGAAGGCCAACCCUCCCCGCUACAGAGGCAUCACGGACUGUGUAUCACAGACUGUUCGUCAUCACGGAGGGAAGGGUUUAUAUAGAGGCCUCAGCUCAUUACUGUAUGGCUCCAUACCUAAAUCUGCUGUCAGGUUUGGUGUGUUUGAAAUAUUGAGUAAUCACAUGAAAGAUGAGUCGGGGAAAUUAGACAGCACUCGUGGUUUAGUGUGCGGUUUAGGCGCAGGUGUCAUGGAGGCGGUUCUGAUCGUCUGUCCUAUGGAGACGGUAAAGGUGAAAUUCAUCCAUGAUCAAUCCUCAGCCAAUCCCAAAUAUCAAGGUUUCUUUCAUGGAGUGCGAGAGAUUGUCAGAACACAAGGAAUCAGGGGGACGUAUCAAGGCCUCACAGCGACUGUCCUUAAACAAGGAUCCAAUCAGGCGAUACGAUUCUUCGUCAUGACAUCUCUCCGGAACUGGUACAAAGGUGAUAACCCCAACAAGUCCAUCAACCCCAUCAUAACAGGUACGUUCGGUGCAAUCGCCGGGGCAGCUAGUGUGUUUGGAAACACGCCUCUGGACGUCAUCAAGACCAGAAUGCAGGGUUUGGAAGCUCACAAGUAUAAAACCACUAUGGACUGCGCCGUGAAGAUCAUGAGACACGAGGGACCAGCUGCGUUCUACAAGGGCACGAUCCCUCGUCUGGGGAGAGUGUGUUUGGACGUGGCCAUCGUCUUUAUCAUCUAUGAGGAGGUGGUGAAGCUCCUGAACAAAGCCUGGAAGACCGAGUGAAAAAUGAAGAGAGAAAGGAUGAGAAGAUUACACGAGACUCGAUCACUGUGUUUUUCAAUAGCAGUACCGAACGCAGCUCUCCAUUUGCACAUCUGUCACAGUCCGCUGUUUACUUUCACUUCUGUUUCAUUUUAUGAGUUUUUUGCCAGCAUCUCUUCUUAUUAGUGCUUCCUUGAAAUAUGCACAUAAUAAUAAUAAUAUAUUUUUAUUUCUUACAGAGGCUCAUCAUAGCUCUAAAAUAUAUCGAUGGUAAGUUGUAAGUGAUUUACAAGUGCCAAAUUUAACACAUUCAUAAAUGUAUGUUAUAGACAUUUGUACAUACACAAAAGACAGAAAAGUAUAUAUAGUAAAUAGUGCAUUUAAUGUUUUAACUUGUCCAGACCGACAAAAUCUUGAAAGACUUUAAAUAUCCAUAUACUCCCAAGAUUUCGAGUAUACAUUUGUUUACAUAUAGAGAGAAAUUGAACCUACUGAUCAUUCCAUAUUAUGACGUUAGUAUCCAUUUUUAUGCCUUUUUGUUUUUAAUCUAACGCAUACAUUUAAAAAAAAUUAUGCCUUUUUUUUAAUUCAUAUUAAUUGAAGUGUAUUUUUAUAUUUAUUUCCCUGUUAUUUUGCACAUGUGUACGGAAGAGGAUUAGGGCCAAGCAAUAAUAAAAAAAAAUAAAGCCAUCUCGAGAUUAA